AUGCCCUUUCCGUUCGUGCUGCCGACUACAUCAAGUAUAUCCUUUACCGAAUACUUCAAUAGUAGCACACAUCCCUCACUACCAAAUUGUGCGACAACUGCGCGGGGUGUUCUUCGCGACGUGCUAAAGCGCCACAAGCGCAUACCGCCUUCCUCACAAGCGUCCAACUUCUCAACUAUAAUAUCCGCGCUCAAUGACUAUAUACCAUAUCUGUUUGCACUGGACGCCGGUCUGAGUGGUGCAAGCUGCGCGGGAGAAGAGAUUGACCUGGUGCUGGUGAAAGAGCUGGAAGUAGAAUGGCGCUCGACACUAGGAUCCUCAAUACCAGGGCGCGAGCCUGCAAGAGUCAAGCUGAAGAGUCUGGACAGUGAGCUGUGCUAUACUCUGUCAACGUUGGCCUAUGUCUACAGCCUCCAAGCCCGAGCGCAGCUACAUACCCUUUACAAUGCAACUCUACCGUCCCCCGAACAACGGGCAACGGCAAUUGGUGCCGCCAUGAAGCACUUUCUCGAAGCAAAUUCGAUACACACAUAUCUAUUCAAUCGCUCGGGGCAGUACAGUUCGCAGCCUGCGGCUGUUGACAUUUCAACGGCGGUGCUGGGGGCGCUUGCAGAGCUCACCAUGGCCGAAGCCACCCUAAUCACGGUCUUGAAAGACGAUCCCUACCCAAGUGUUGUGAUAGAGGAUAGGAACAAACAGAGUAAAGACUGGAUGUUCAGGGGCGUGGAAAUUCCCAAAGUCCGCGCGCACUUGUUUGCUCGGCUGUGCCUUGCUUCUGCCGAACACGCUGCCAAAGCCCAAGCUAUGCUUGGGCGCUCAACAAAGAUCAGCGAUGAUUUAAUCAAGUACGUAGACGAUUUGAGACGGACUGCCAAGGGAAAGGCAUGUCGUUUUCUCGCCUGUGACGCCGAGGCAGGAGGCAAGACUGGGGAAGGUAUUGCAUGGCUACGUGGGGCGAAGAAAGAAUUGGGGUUCGCAGCGCUAGGCGCAGAGGAAGACAAAAAGACGUCGGGUUUCUCUAAAUUGAAGAAAGAGUGGCAAGAGAAGCGGGAAGACCGCAAGAUUGAAAAGGGAGUAGACUGGGGCACUGAUGCGGGAAAAUUUGAAGAGGGAAGGAUAGUCGAUAUGCUACUCAAGAAGUGGGAGAAGCAGAACGACACGAUUGGUGUUCAACUCGUUCCUCCCUCAGAACCACUGCUUGCAAGUAUGCCUUCGGGCCGAGAAUAUCAUGCGACGAAGAUGUUUGUUGUACCGGCACUCGACGAGCAUGCACUCGUCCGUAUGAGGGCGCCCCCCGACCCAAGCGAAGCGUUUGAGGGCAACGAAGAUGAUAGCGCAGACGACGAUGAGCGGGACGCUCCCACUGGAGCGUUCCCGGGGACAAAGGCAGACUAUACUCCGAGUACCAGUUACUACUGA